AUGAAGGAACUCUUACACAUUCAUAAGCCUAUCAUGCUGGACAGUACCAACUUUGGUCACUGGAAAGUGAGGAUGCAACACAUCAUCAGAGGAGUUGAUGAAGAUGCUUGGACGUCUAUAGAAGAUGGUUGGAGUGCUCCUACCGUUGUCUUGGAAGAUAAUUCUGUUGGUCCAAAGCCUAAAGACCAGUGGACUGAUUGUGAGAAGAAAGCGUCUAAGUUCAACUCUAAAGCUCUAACUGUCAUAUUCUCGUCAGUAGAUGUUGAGAAGUUCAAGAUCAUACAAGGAUGUGAAUCUGCCAAGCAAGUGUGGGAUACGCUCAUAAAUCACUUUGAAGGAAAUACCAGUGUGAGAAGGACACGCCUUGAUCACCUAGCCUCCAAGUUUGAGAACCUGAGAAUGAGUGAUGAUGAGCUGAUUGAUGGAUUCAUAUGCAAGAUCAGUGAAUUGGCAAGUGAAGCGUCUGUUCUUGGCAAGAAGUAUGAAGAAAAGGAUUUGGUGAAGAAGCUGCUAAGGUGCUUACCACCACGGUUUGAAGCUUAUAAAGCUGUUCUCACACUUGCUGUUGACACAGAUGAGAUGAAGUUUGAUCAACUAUCAGACAUUCUGAAGGUGCAUCAUCUUGAGAAAACCGACCGACAAUCUACUAACCAGAAAAGCAUUGCCUUCACAGCUGAGUCUAAGGAUGAUGGUCGAGUCACUAAAAUUGAAGAGAAUCUGAGUUUAAUGGCUCGAAACUUCAACAAGUUUGUCAAGCGUAUGGAGAAAGGUGGUGGUAGAUCCAAUGGACGCUACCAAAAGAAUGAUGAUGAAAGGGCCAGCUCUCAGCACUCAAAGCAGGAUUCUAGCAAGAACACAAAGAAGUGUCAUGAGUAUAAAGGUUACGGCCACUUCAGAAGCGAGUGUCCCCUUGCUAAGAGAAAAGAGCAAAAAUGUAUUGAGUGUAAAGGCAUUGGGCAUACACGCAGUGAGUGUCCUAGCAUUCUCAAGAAAGAGAAGUCUCUCAUGUGCUUCAGUGACACUAAAUCUGAAAGCGACAGUGACGAAGCGAGGAUGAUGAUGAUCUUGAGCAAGAUCUUGAAACUGAGUACAAGACUCUAUUUGACAAGUUCUGAUCUCAGUCAUGAGAAUCUCGAGCUUCUCAAGGAGAAAGCACUGCUGAAGGCUCAGAUUAACAUACUGGAACUUGAUCAGCCUUCCACCAAGACAAAAGCUUACUCAAUUGACCGAGAGUCGGAUCAAGAAGUUCUUGCACUUAAGAGAGCGAUGACAGAGCAGGAACGAGUUCGUAAGGAAGCUGAAGCACUCGUACAAAGGUUGAGCGAUCUCUUAGUCGUAGAGACUGAUCGAAGUAGGCUACUCGAAAGUCACCUAACUGAAAAUCACAAGAAGUUUCGCAUGCCCUCAGCUGGUACUGCAACUCUUGAUCACAUACUUACAUUGGGACAGUGUCCGAGUCUCAACAUCGGCUUGGGAUAUAAAGGAUCUACCUCAAAGGCUACUGAAACGAAGUUUGUGAGGGAAGCUCCUAAUGAAGAAAAGAAACCUGAAGAGAAAGGGGUCCCUGCUGAAAGAAACGAGAAUGUCCUUCUUAAACCAAGAAGACGUGGAAACAGAUGUCAUUUCUGUGGGAAACGAGGACACAACGCUAGGUUAUGUUACUUUCGAAGACGUCAGUAUGAGAGGGCAUGGAGGUUGAACCUGUGUUUCACCGAACCAACUGCUUACGGUUGCGUGUGGAUAGCCAAACGUGAUCUAUAUCCGAACUACAAAGAGAACACUCACUCUGAACUAAACACCGUUUCUGUUAAGUCACACACUGAAGCAGAACAUGAUCUUGUUUGCAACUUUGUGCGAGUACAAGUAGACACGGAGAUCGUUAGUAAUGUUGCUUAUACCUCUGCUGAAGAAGCAUCACAAUCUCAACUUCCCUGGUAUUUUGAUAGUGGGUGCUCAAAGCAUAUGACUGGAAAUGAAGACUAUAUUGAGAAGCUCGAACUCAUCAGAGGUGGAAAAGUUACUUUUGGAGAUGGAGGACAAGGCAAAAUUCGUGCAAUUGGAAUAACCUCCAGACCUGAUGUGCCUAAACUCUCAAACGUUUACUUUGUUGAGGGUCUCAAGGCGAAUCUGAUCAGUGUGAGUCAACUAUGUGAUAAAGGAUUAAAGGUUAUCUUUAACAGCAAGGAAUGUCGCGCCGUUGAUGCAAGAAACAAUGUGGUGUUGAGAGGUAUUCGUUCAGGGAACAACUGCAAUUUUUGGAGACCUUCAAACGUGUGGUUUACGGCUACUGAAUCCAAACUUGAUCUCUGGCAUAAGAAACUGGGUCACAUGAACACCAAUAGGCUUAGCAGACUCGUGAAUGCUGAAGUAGUAAGAGGUGUCCCUGAUUUGUAG